ACAUCAUAACAUCAGAUCAUCAUCAUCAUCUAUAUUAUGGUGUAUGGCUAUUUUGUUAUUAUGUUGUUUAUCAAUUAUACCAGUGAGAUUAUAUCCAUUAAUUGUUGAUAAUGAUCAUAAUCUUAAAAAUAAUGAUGAUAAUAAUCAAAGAACUCGAUCAUCAAUUAAUGAAGAUCAUCAUCAAAAUGUAGUAAUUUCAUUGGGUGGUGAUUCAUCAACAGAAAAAGCAUUAUUUAAUUUACGAAGACGUGAUUUUUUUUUAGAUGACUAUAAAAAUAAAGAGAUACAAAUUGUCGAUACGAUUGCAAACAAUUCUAUUAUCAUUAAUAAAUAUAAAACAAAUAAUAUGAAACAAACAUCGUUGAAUCCAUCACCGCUGGUAUUGGCAGAAUUAACCGUUUCACCAUCCACCAUUAUGAUGAUGACAAAUCAAUCAACGAUAACACCAUUGCAUACACAAAUUGAAUUAGAAAUGAAACCACAACGGUCAAAUAUUUUAUUACCAAAAUUAGAACAAACAGGACGACCAUCGUGUUUAACAACACCAGAUGAUACAUUCUGUGAAAAUGUUGACAAUUAUCCCAACAGAAACAUCAUUAAACAGGAAGUGGAUUUUUCUAUCGAUCAAUUUGCUGAAAUUUUUGGCAAUAAAGAAAUCGAUGGCCGUACAAUAAUGGACGUUGAAAAUGAUGAAAGUGUUUGUGGAAAAACACCAAGAGUUAUUUAUCCAAAGAUGGCAAAAAAUCAAGCAAAUCAAUGGAUUUAUGUUGUAAAUGAAGUGGAAUAUACACAGGCUGUUGUAGCUGAAAUCUGUCAACGACCGGGAAAACCAUGUGCAUAUAUGGAUAGUUUACCAAUGGGAUUGUCAUCAACAUGUAAACAAAAAUAUUCCUAUAAACGUUUAUUGGCAUUACAUCCAACAGAAAAACGUACAUAUCCAGAUGCAUUUCGUUUUCCAUCAUGUUGUUCAUGUUAUAUAAAAACUAUUGAUGAUUUUAUGGCACGUAGUAAUUUUCGUAAGAUUGAUAAACCAAUUACAGUGGUUGAUACAUCGGAAAAUAAAUCAUCUGCAUCAUCUGCAUCAUCAUCAUCAUUAGCAGCAGCAGCAGCAGAAUCAUCGUCAUCAAUCAUUAUGGAUGAUAAUAUUGAUCAAUCAUUUAUCAAUAUAACAAUGGAUAAUAUCAAUAUAAUGUCUAAUGAUGAUUUAAAUAAAUUUGAAAUGAUAACAACAACAACAACAACAACAGCAACGACAAUGAUGAUUCCUAUACAGAAUCAAACGACAAUUGUGAUUGAUUAGAAUCGAAA